GCAAACUCCACCGCCUGCUCCCUGUGUUUCCACUGUUGUUCAAAGCCAACGCAGAGCAAACUGAUGUCCUCAGUGUUGAAUUGAAAAUAGAUAUUACAUCUCCUGUUAAAACAAACAGAGGAGGAGGAAGCGGAGGAGAGGAAGAGCUCUUGGGGAGGACAAGAGACACAGGAGGGAAAAAAAGGAGGACGUGGAGUAAAAAUCGGGACAGGAUAAUGCUGCAGAUUUGACUGAAAGAUGUCCAACGUAAAUGCGGAAGCGACCACAAUGCUCCCCCUCCUCAAGAAGAAGCUGGCGUUUCUGUCAGGGGGCAAAGACCGGCGCAGUGGUCUGAUCCUGACCAUCCCUCUCAGCUCAGAUCAGACCAGCAUGGAGGAGCUCAGCGCCACACUGGACUACCUGCUCAGCAUCCCCAGUGCAAAGUGUAAAGCUCGGGGUUUCACUGUUAUCGUGGACGGACGAAAGUCUCAAUGGAACAUCGUGAAGACUGUGGUGCUCAUGUUGCAGAAUGUGAUCCCUGCCGAGGUGUCGCUGGUCUGCGUGGUGAAGCCAGAUGAAUUCUGGGAUAAAAAGGUCACACAUUUCUGCUUCUGGAAAGAGAAAGACCGCCUUGGCUUUGAGGUGAUCCUGGUUUCGGCCAAUAAGCUGACUCGUUACAUUGAACCGUGUCAGCUAACGGACGACUUUGGAGGAAGUUUGGACUAUGACCACAACGACUGGCUCAACAAGAGACUGGUUUUUGAGAAGUUCACUAAGGAGUCGACGUCAUUGCUGGAUGAGCUGACAAUCAUCAACGACAGUGACAAGAGCAGUACGGUGGACAAGGAGAAAUCAGCUGACUGCACCCUCUUGCCAUCCUUCGACCCUGAGACUGUCCUCCAGACUGGUCACGAACUGCUGUCGGAGCUACAGCAGCGUCGCUUUAACGGCACCGAGGGCGGAGGACAGGGAGGUCCAGCAUGGUGUCCCAUGGAGGAAGAGCUGCUGGCUCAGCCUCAGGUGAUGAAGCUGCUCGACUCGCUCAGAGAGCAGUACACCAGAUACCAGGAGCUCUGCAGGCAGCGAAACAAGCGCACUCAGCUGGACGAGAUCCACACCAAAGUCAUGCAGGUGGUUACCUGGCUGCAGGGACCAGGUUCAGAGCUGUUGAAGACUCAGCAGGCGAUCGGAGACUCGAUGCGGGCGGCUCAGACUCUGCAGCAGAAACACGAGGAAAUCGAGAGCCAGCACAGUGAAUGGUUCGCAGUGUACGUGGAGUUGAACCAGCAGAUCGCUGCCUUGCUCAGUGCCGGGGAGGAGGAGGAGGUGGUGGAGCUUAAAGCGCUGCAGCAGCAACUCAGCGAUGUGUGCUACCAACAGGCGGCUCAGCUGGAGUGCAGGCAGAACGUCCUGCAGGCAGCACAGUGCUUCCACAGCACCACACAGGAGUUGUCCCAGCUGUUGGACGGUCUACUGGGCAUGCUCUGUGCUGACGUGGCUCCAGCUGACGGAGCUUCAAUUCAACAAAACCUCAAACUGUUGGAGGAGAAGCUGCAAACUGUCGAGGCAGGUCUAACUUCUCUGCGUCAGAAGGGGGCACAGUUGAUGGAGCAGAUGUGCACACAGUCUCCGUGGCCCCUGGAGGAGACAGAGAGCCCAGCUGGAGAACAACAGGACAACGUGCAGCACAUCCAGGGUGUGAUGGAGGAGAUGCAGCUCCGCAAGCAGAGGUGUGAGGACAUGGUGGAUGUGAGGAGGCUGAAGAUGCUACAGAUGGUCCAGCUGUUCAAAUGCGAAGAAGAUGCUUUACAGUCAGUAGAGUGGCUUGGCGAGCUGUUGGACGCCCUGUUGAAGACUCACGUCAGAAUGGGUGACGACUCUCAGGAGUCGACGACCAUGUUGGACAAACACAGGAAGUUUGUAGACGUCGCUCAGAGCACCUAUGAUUACGGGCGUCAGCUGCUGCAAGCAACGGUCGUCCUCUGUCAGUCCCUGCGAUGUACAACACGCUCGUCCGGAGACACCCUACCGAGACUCAACAGAGUCUGGAAACAGUUCAGCGUCAGCGCUGAGGAGAGACAGCAGAGACUGGAGCUGGCUCUGAACUUCCACAUCGCCGCCGAGAGGGUGUUACAGCAGGAAUGUGUGGACUCAGAGUCUCUGGAUGAAGUUGACUCCUCUGGGAAAACUCUGCUGGACAGACUGACCAUGCCUGUUAUCUUCCCCGAUGGGACUGAGCAGUACUUUGGGAGUCCCAGCGACACCGCAGCAGCAGCAGAGUGCGUCAGGGAGCGCCUCCUGCUGGUGGAGGAGCGACGGCUGCAGCUGCAGGAGCUGGGGCUUCACAACGAAGAAGAUGAGGAAGAAGAGCAUGUGUUAAACGGGCAGGAGGCACGGCUGGACGUGAUCGGAGAGGAACUGAGCGAGAAAGAGGAUCAAGAUGAGGAGGAGGAGGAGGAGGAGGUGGCGGCGGCAGUGGCGGUGGCGGCGGCAGUGGCAGGGCAGCAGGGUGAAGACUUGGAGAGGGCGACGCAGGACUGCUAAUGGAGCGCCGAUGAUGUCAAACUGAGCAGUCUUGCUUAAGCUUAUUAACGAAGGCUGCUGAAUUAUUUUCCAUCGAAACCUCCGAUUGGUUGCUUCUGUCUCCCUGCCGCAAGUAGGUUUUCCUAUCUGCUGGUAUAUAAAGGCUACAUUUUCCAUCAGCCUCGCAGCUUUUUAAAAAGGAUAAACAUGUUGAUGAGAUUAUUCCCCUCCGUUCAGAAGAACCGCUCUCUGCUCUGAAACAACAGCAAAUAUAAAAUACUGGAAUUAUUAAUACUCAUAUCUCUGGAUGAUGACGAUCGACUGUAAAAUAAUCAGUUUGGAUAAGAAUACUUCUAAUGUACAGCUAACAACACCUCCACUUUCCCAGCAUGCCUUUCUGUGGGUGGAGCUUCCAUGGUGCUAACAUGGUUACCAAGGUUUCUGUCUGUGCCUCCUCCGACGUCUCGCCUUUAUGACUUCCUCGCCUCCCUUCAUUUCCGUCCUCUAACAGAAGAUGAACUUUGUGGCCUGUACAGGAAGCUGCAGUUUAUCAGGUGUGCCACCACCUGAUCCUAUUCCUUCAUCAACGGUCCUUCAGGCUUUUCAGCACUGGGAUGAACAUGACACUCUCCUGAUUGUAUCUCCUGUACAAAUAAGCUGAAAGAAAAACCUGCUUUAUCGACAGAAACUCUACAAGACUGUUUGUAUAGAAACUUGAGAAAUGAACAGCAAGUCCCAAAGAGCACCGUGAAAUUAAAAGGAACACCACACAAAUAUCUGUCAAGUCCUCUUGCCAUCUGGGGAAAUGGAUCAAUUCCAGACAAAAUUUGAAGUCUUCCUCAAAAGUCGGAACUGAAAUUUAAAUUCUUCUAAUAUCUACCCCAAAGUGGGGAGGUAUGCUUCCCUUUUCUCAAACAUUUUUGGGAAAUAACCGAUGAGCCUGUUACACCUUAAACAAGAUAAUGUGGUUUUACCUCUGCCUUUUACAACCAGGGAUUAGGACACCCUCAGGAAGCUGCCUCGGAAAACGGAUUAGAGCACUGGUUACAAGUUUUUUUGCACAAUUUCUUCUUUUUUGGACUCGGUAUUUUGGCAAUGAAAGAUCAGAAACACAAAAGGAGAAAAACUGCUUUCAUUGCAAAAAAGUACCUAAAAUUUCCUGUGAAUGAUUUGAUGUUUCUUGUUGAAAUAGUCUGGGACUUUUCAAGGACCCAGAGGCUCCUACCACUUGGCUGCUCUAUAAAAACCCUCUGCCUUCGUGAUGAAGAUCAAACCUGUGCCGCUUCGCUCUGAUCCACAGACAUCAGGAUGGAAGAUUCCCCUUUUCUAUUUAUUUGACUUUUUCAAGCAAACCUUCUUGUAGGUAUUUCGACCAAUAACUGCUGCUGUAAGUGUAACCGCUAAAUACUGUGUCCUGCUUUCUGUCCUCCCCGUCCAAUAAUAUAUACAUAUGACAUCAUCCUCUAAAUAAAGAAUCGUUUGAA